CCCGGAUCUGAAGUAGAGUACGUACACUAUCUAUGGCAAGUGUACGAGGAUUUAGUUUGAAACAUAUCUCUAAGAUAAUCGUCUCUUUUUGCACAUUCAAUUCUAAUGCAUCAUCAGUAAGAGAAUUAUUGAGAAGAGUCAGUUCAGAUUCAAUGAAAGAAAGCAAUCCAAAAUGCAUUGUAGAAACUCGAGUGGUUAAUGAUGAGUCAGCCCCAACUGUGCAAGUCAAAUUUGUAAAUGGUGAAGAGAUGAGAUUGAAUGGCUCAGAGCAUCAUGUUCUAGAUAUGAUGAAGAUAAUCAAGGCAAAAUCAGACACAAUGACAUAAUCCGCCAACGGGAGUCAAAAGGGGGAGGGGCUGCAUGGUUACUUCAAUUUAGUGAGCUCUUGUACAUACUACAGCAGACUAGAAUACAAGGGUGCUUCUCCUAACUGCCCUGCUAGCAGAAACUGAUUCAAGCAGCGACAUAGACUCUAAGAGUAUGAACCACUUCUGGAAAGAACAUACAAAUGUUACAAGUUACACAGGUUUGCUCAAGUGAGGAAGCCAUGCUGUGCCAAUCCACUUCACUGUCAGCAUAUUCUAUACUGUCAGCAACAUAACAUAACAAUUAUCGUGAUACUCACAACUGUGUGGAGGGGCACAGUUCCAUUCCUUCUUUUCGUGUUGUGCAGGUGUAUACAUAAACAGCUCCAGCAAGAAGAAGGAUUUCUGCUUAAUAGAUUUAUUGAUAAAACGAUGGACAUACAAUACAGACAGUGGGACUUUAUCAACUACAAAACACUUGAAUGUAAUAUGCAUGGUGGCAAUAAUCAGACAUUACACACAAUUGUCUCA